AUGGAUUUAGGUCCACGGCCAGUGGACAAGUACGUCACUAAUGCAGGACAGCCUGAAUUUCGUCCUGUUGGAGUUCCUUUAUCUCCUGGGUCUUAUCGACCUGUAAAUGGUGAUAAAGAUCGAUACACGACAUUAAUUCGAGGUCGAGUUGAAUCCUUAUUACGGGAUGAAACGCUAUAUGCUGAGCGUCAAAGUCGCAUUGGUUCAUUCUUGCAUGCAGGAGAAUGGAAACAAGUGAAAAAAGAAAAGAAUUUGACAUUCUAUCGACGCUUUGAACGUGGACGAUCGCUUCGAGAAUUAGCACUUGAAGAAGAGUUACCCGAGAUACAACGAGCAGUCGAACGAGGGUACACAAGUAUGAUUUGUGAUGGUUUUGUGGACGGUACGAUAGAGGACAUGAUGUAUGGAAUGACAGCGUCCUCUCAGGACGAUUUAAUGACGGGUUUUUCGUAUAAAGACCCACCCAAAGAUUGUGUUUGGCUUGGAACGAUUGAAAGCCCAACCCGCGAAGACCCAUUUCAUACUGCCGACUUGAUCUGGGCACUUCCUAAGCUUCCGUCAAUAUUUGAUCAACUGGACGUUUGUUAUCUUAAAGCUACAGGAGUCCAAUUGGAUGUUCAAGAGAAACGCUAUGGGUAUUUAAUCCUUCAUAGUGUCUAUAUUGGACAAUGUCCUUCGUUUGCUGCACAUGGAAUUUCACGAGCAAAAAUGUACUUUGCUUGUUUAUUUCGAGAGCCCAGACCAGGAGUAUUAAAAGUGACAGUACGUGGAAUUAUUGAUUUAAGUAAAAAAGUGCGAUUGUUAAAAAGUUUAAUCUCCGCUUCAACGACAUCAGUUAUGGUGGGUCUUUUUAAUGGGGUGAAAAUAGGUGAAGCAAAGAAACUGACACUUUUAGCACUUCGCAAUCGUUUUCAUUCAACACACACAUUUCGUCAAACAACAUGUUACAUGUGCUGUAAACGGGCUUCUUUUCUGGGACGCGCUAAUUUAUUUGGAACGCAUCUUCUUACGUGUUAUGUAUGUGGAGACACUGUAUGCAAUAAUUGUACACGAGGAAUGAAGCAACGUGUGUUUCUGGGUGAAAAACAAGCAUGUUCUAAAGUCGAUUGUUGUCCAAAUUGUGUGCUUGAAGCUACUACGACGAUCCAUGUACGACCAAAUGAAUCCGAAUAUUUAGUCGUAGCUGAAAUGUAUCGUAAACAACGUUCGACAAUGGUAGCAGAAAUUGAUACAAAUGGAGCACAUCAUAAUGGAAUGAAAACAAAUAAUUCAGCGGGUGUACCUACUGCGUCAACAGAAGGGAGUGUUGGUGAAUUUCAGCUUGAUUUUGAAGAUGAUGCAUUUUCAGCAGCAUUAUCGUUACCAAUGUUACGAAAAAGUUCCGAAGAAGAUAAUGAGCCUGAAAGUAGUCCAGAAGUGAAAACAACUUCAGUUUUAAGUGAAAUUAAACCUUGGAGUUAUCGAAUUGAAUUGGAUGAAGAUGAUUUUAUCCCAUCAAGUUCAGCUGAUCGAUUGUAUAAUGUCAUGCAAUUUGAACGAAGACAACUUGAGCUUAAUCUUCAAACACAAAAGCCUUCGAGCAAUAAAGAGCAAAGUUGGUAG